AUGGCUUCAUCAGUGGACCAGAUACAUAGCUUUAGAGCUUCUGUGGUCUCUUCAUCCUCAGUGACCCCAGAGCCAGCGAGAACAUCUAGCAGUGAGGAUGGAGAGCCCACAGCAGUAUCCUGGAAAUGGAGAGAGGGAGAUGAAGAAGAUCAUCUUCGGCUGCUGUUGAUCGGUAAAGCCGGAUCAGGGAAAAGCGCCGCAGGAAACACCAUCUUUAAUGAAAGUGUGUUCCAAUCGAAAAUAAGCUCCUCAUCUGUGACCAAAACCUGUAAACCACACACAGAUGCUGUUAAUAACAGGAGAGUGACAGUGAUUGAUACUCCAGACUUCUUCUCCACUGACAGAAACAUUCAUUCAGACUCUGAGCUGAAGAGAGCUCUUGAAUUAUGUUCUCCAGGCGCUCAUGUCAUCCUGCUUACUCUGUCUUUAAGCACGUUCACUGAGCUGGAGAUGAAGGUUGUGCGUCGGUUUGAACAGAUGUUUGGUUCAGAAGCUCUCAGAUUUACUCUAGUCCUCUUCACUCAUGCAGAAAAUAUAAGCAAUGGCCAGUUAAGAUCUCUGAUCAGGAGAAAUAAUGUAUUGUCUGGUUUUAUUAACCGAUGUGGAUGGAGGGUUUGUGGAAUGAACAAUAAAGAUCCCGCAAACAGACGACAGGUGACUGAACUCAUGGAGAAGAUUGACAGACUGGUGUCUGAGAACACAAACUCCUGCUACACACUAGAUCUGAUGCAGGAGACUGAGAGGAGGAGACAGGAGGAGGAGAGGAGAGAAGAGGAGGAGAAGAGAGCACAGGAGGAGAGGAAAGAGAGAGAACAUCAGAUGACAUUAGACGCAGUCAAAGAAGAGACAGAAAUACGUGUGAGGAGAGAACAUGAAGAACAGGAAAGAGCCAAGAUACUGGAGAAACAGAAGAAAACCAGCAACAAUACCACCAACAACACCACCACCAACAACACCAACAACACCACCAACAACUACACCAGGAACAACUGCACCAGGAACAACUGCACCAGCAGCAAAUGCACAAGCAACACCACCAACAAUAGCACCAAUGACAACACCAAUUGA